GAAAAAAUGAAAAUAAUAUUUUUUAUAGGUUUCUGUGUUGCCCGAUCCUACUUCAAGGUCACCUGAAAAUUUUGAAUCUAGGUUUGAGGAUAUUUUGACUAUGGUAAUACCACCGUGGAUAAUUAAUCCAUAUGGUGACAUAGAAGAAACGAAUGUCAUAAUACAAGAGGAACUGACUGAACUAAGUACAAACGAAGAACUUAAGGAUAUUCUAGCGAUAGCAAAACAAAUAUUCUCACCUGCUGAAAUAGAAUAA